AUGUCUGAAGAAAAGCCUAUAUUAGCUAAAAAUGUAUUAUUGUCAAAACCUGAUUCGAAUCCACUCACAAAACUUCGAACACAUUUGAAUAGCGAGACAUGCAGUUGUUGUUUCAAUCUUCGUCCAUUGGACAGAGCUCAAAUUGUCAAUGAACGAGAAAUGUCAGGCUAUGCGGCACAAUUGUGGACGCUUAAAGAAAGUCGUUGGACAUCCGAAGCAAGAGCUCCAUAUCAUGGUGAUGAAUUUUUACCUCAACGUCCAUUGGGUAACAUUUGGAAUGAUUAUCAGGUCGAUCGACCGACUAAAACUAUACUCGAUAAAGAAGGAUCUCAAGAAGUUGUUCGCGACCUGAAAGAGACACAACGUCGAGAGCCAUGUUCGAAAUCUGAAAUUAUUCGAUUGCGUUGUGUUAUUGAAUGUCUUCAUCUAAGAGAAAUCGAUUAUACAUUGAACCAAAAUUCAGACGAAAUAUUUACAUUUUGCCUCUACGGUGAAGAUGAAAGACAAGUCUAUGAAAAUCAGUACCCAUACAAAUGUUGUGGUAUGCGUUCAUGUACUCUUUUAUAA